AUGUUGGUUAGCGGUGGGCAGGAUAUUAAUGCUCUGUCUGAAGUCCUUCAUUUAUAUGAGAAGGCUUCAUCAGAAAAAGUAAAUUGGGACAAAAGUGAGGCUUUUGGGCAGGUGAAGAUGCUCUAUGUUGUCUACCAUCACUGCGAGGAAAGCUUAUUUGGGAUUUGUACGAUUGAGACCAAAACUUCCCUCAACGAUUGUGUUCUCGAAGAAAAUGGGAUUGAAAACAGAAAAUCAAUAAUAAGCCUUGAAUGUGGUGAUUUGUGUUAUUUAACAGAACGCAGUGAGCUCCGGAUUGUCCUGGUUGGAAAGACCGGCGUUGGGAAAAGUACCACUGGAAACACCAUCCUGGGAGAAGAAGUUUUUGAAUCCGAUUUUUCAUUUUCAUCUGUAACCCGAUACUCUGAAAAGAAAUCUAAGAUUAUUAAUGGAAGAAAAAUUACAAUUAUUGACACUCCUGGUAUUUUUGACACAAGUUUGAGUCAUGAAGAGAUAGAGAAAGAAAUUAAGACGUGUAUAUCUUAUUCUGCUCCUGGUCCACAUGCCUUUCUGAUUGUUCUUAAAUUGGAAAGAUACACAGAAGAAACUGCAAAAGCAAUAGAAUACAUUGAAAGAUUAUUUGGUAAAAAGGCAUUAGGUUACGCCAUGGUGCUGUUCACUCAUGCAGAUCAACUUAAAGGCCAGGACAUUAAAACACUUGUGCGCAGUAGUCCAGAAGUACGAGAAAUUGUCAAGAGAUGUGGGAGACAAUAUUUUGCGAUUGAUAAUACGAUACAGGAUUCAGAACAGGUUAUGCGGCUGCUACACAAGAUUGAUGAAAUGGUUCUUGAUAAUGGUGGAGAAUAUUACAGUAAUGCCAUGCUUCAGGAGGCAGAGAGAGCGAUUGAGGAAGAGACACAACGGAUCCUGAAAGAGAAUGAAGAACAACGAAUGAGGGAAUUAGAGGCUCUAAAGUACAAGUUUCGAGGGGAAGAACUAGAGAAAAGGCGAGAAGUAGUAGCAAAGGCUCAAGUGGAUAAUGCAAGAGAUCAAGCUGUUAAAAAAAGCGUCUUUAACAAUCUAGCACGCUUUAACGCACUGUUGACUCUCACUGGUUUAGUGACGUCUUAUUUCAAGUUACUUCCUGUGCUUAAUUGA